AUGACCGACGAGGAAAGUUUGUUCCUGUGGCAGAGUUUGGAUCCGGGGGACCCAGGACAGCUCAACGGCACCCGCAACACAUCGGGCCCUUUCUGGGAGGCGCACUACGCUACUCGGGAGUUUGACGUGUCCGUCGUCAUGCCGGUGUUGUACGGGCUGAUCUGCGCGCUUGGCCUUGUGGGUAACGGCAUCGUGCUGUACGUCAUGGCGCGUCACUCCAAACUGCGGAGUCCUGCAGACAUCUUCAUCUUCAACCUGGCGCUGGCAGACGUGCUCUUCAUGCUGGGGAUGCCCUUCCAGAUCCACCAGUUCGCGUCUGAGGAGUGGGCGUAUGGAGCAGUCAUGUGUAAGAUCGUCAUGGCUCUGGACGCGCAGAAUCAGUUCACCUCCACCUACGUCAUGACCGUCACGGCCAUCGACCGCUACCUGGCUGUCAAUCAUCCCAUGCGUUGCCUGGGUUACCGGACACGUUUUGCAGCAGUUAUCGUGAACGUGGGUACCUGGGUGGCGUCUGGUUUGUCCAUACUGCCGGUGUGGAUAUACGCCUCCCAGGUCCAGUAUCGGGAUGGGACCAACGUCUGCAUUCUCAAGUUGCCCAACCCUGACGGCAUCUACAACUUCACCAUCUACCACUUCUGCCUGGGUUUCCUGGUGCCGCUGGUCGUCACCACGGCCUGCUGUCUCCUCAUGAUCCACCGGCUCAGCAACACAGUAGCGCCCUCUGGCCAACAGCACCCGCAUCACAACCUGCACAAGUCCACCAAGCGCCUGCUGGUGUGCAUCGUGCUGGUGUUCACCGCCUGCUGGCUGCCCUUCCACGUGGUCCAGCUGGUCAACCUGACCAUGACCGGCCCGCCGUCAUACAGCUUCAUCGUGGGAUACUUCUUCAGCAUGUGUAUGGGAUACGCCAACAGCUGCUUCAACCCGCUCCUGUACGCCUUCGUGGGGAAGAACUUCCGGAAACACUGGCGGAAGGCGCUCCCGCGGGGCCUGACGGGACGGCACCAGCGGCGAGUGGCCCCUGGCGGCCACAGCCGGCAGCGCAGCGGCAGGAACAACACCGACGACAUCGACAACACCAGUCACCGGCCAGGGUCAGCCUACCAGGCGGCCGUCUGGCCGAGCGGGGCCGGAGAACCGACCCCGUCAGGCUCGUCGGCCAUCGACCUGCGAGAAAACACCGCGGGGGGAGCGAUGGAGGCCGCCGGUCCGAGCAACCAGCUGUCCGUGGCGGAGUCGAGCCUGACAUCGCGGGCACUGUUCCUGAGAAAACCCGUCACGGAGAUGCAGUUGUAGAAUCUUGAAGAGAUUGAGGAGUAUAUAAGACGCAUGUACGUCUUCAAUUAAUAUGAUCAGGCUCCCCAAAAUAAGAAAUUUGACAUAUAUUUUUACCUUUCCAAAGUGUCCAAACGCUUGUCCUUAAUGUCGCUGUUUCAUUGAAUUAAC